CUGCCGUCAUGUCUUCAUCUUGUACUGGGUCUCCCUAACGGGGGGACCGGCCCUCGUGGCCUUUCCCUUGGAAGAGGUCGUGCCUCAACAGCGCGACUGGCGCCAGGCCUCAACGCGGCCCAAGGGUGAACCUCACCUGCUUUGCGGGUGGGGGCCAACUGGCGUGCCUGACGAUGCUUAAGAAGACUUCGUCGGGCGAAGUGGGUGAGAGCAAGGUGCAAGGCGGCAACAUCAUCAAGGCCAAUGAGGGAGAGCAAGGAGCAAGACAGCAACGCGCGGGCUUUUCAGACUAGCCAGGGAGUGAGAGCAAGACGCAAGACAUCAACGGGUGUGCCUCAAGAUUCCCUUGGGAUAGGUGCUCUGCAUCGGCGCCAGACCUCAUCGCGGUCCAAGGGUGAACCUCCCGACUUCGGGAGGGCCAACUGGCGUACAACAUCUGUGGAUUGCUUGAGUGAGAUCUCUCUGAACGUAAGAGUAAGAAUGCCGUCGCCGUCAAGCACUCCCGCAACAUUUGGUUGAGCGGCUUUCGCCAUCGCACAUGAGUUAAGCUACGCGUGGCGUGUUGCGCUUGCGAGCGUCUGCAACUUCGUCUGAGUGAAAUUGAUCGUGCUUCCGCCAACACCAACAUUUCCUUCGUCUGAGUUGCUGCGACGAUGCCGCCCUAAGUCUUUUGAGCUUCAAUCUUGCUAAGAUCUGAGUCAUUGCGUCGCCGCCGCCGACGUUUGUAAGGGUCUUCACAGGAUCUUU